UGAGAAGCAGCGGCUAGGGGAGGGCUGUUCACUGCAUGCAUGCUGCAGAAUUAGCUCUCUCCCUCUGGGUCUGCUCUGCCUGCAAAGCACAGCGGCACAGAGGGAGCACGAGAUCCAGGAGUCUGCAGCAGAAACCAUGACAGCCUGAAAAACCCCGGGGUGCCAACCUCCAAAUUCUCAUCUGUCACUUCAGACCCCAACUGGGCUGACAAAGAAGCAGAAUUUCAACUCCAAUAAACUUGAAUGUGCUUCUAGGCAAAGAAGCCAAGCUAACGAGGAGGGGCUGGAAGAGCUCCUCUUGGGCAUUUGUCAAAGUUUUACCUCCUGGCUGCGUGCAAAGAGAGGAUUCAACUUCAGCUUCAAGCUACUAAGGCUCUGGGUCCAGCCACCUCUCAGCAGAUCCAGCCAGCAUGAAGACUGUGCUUCUCCUUCUGUACGCCUUGGGAGCCGCUGCUGCAGUCCCGACAGGUACAGGGUUUCUCUCUGAUCAUUCCAACCCAACUACUGCAACGCUGGUGACACCAGAAGAUGCUACAGUCCCUCUUGUCAUGGUGGAAGCUACAGCAGACAUAGAAAACCAUCCCAACGACAAGGCUGAAAAGCAUUCAGCACUGAACUCGGAAGAGGAAACCCAUGAACAGCCAACAGAGCAGGACAAAACCUACAGCUUCGAGGUGGACCUGCAGGACGAGGAGGACGGAGAUGGGGAUUUAAGUGUAGAUCCAACGGAAGGAACAGUGGAUCUACAAGGUACAAGUGAGCCCCAACAGAAAAGUCUCCCGGAGAGCGCUGAUUUCCCCGCUACGAUGUCCACUUCCUUUGUGGAUUCUAACCAACGUGCAAACGACACAAAGGGAGAAGAGAGUCGGGAGCAACCUCUAAGUGACACACACCAGGAACCGAAAGAGAGCAGCAGGCAGACCCAAGACUUAAUGGCUGAAGAGCGCCAGAUGCAAGAUCCUGGCAUUUCCAAUGAAGAGGAGGAAGAAGAGGAGGAGGAGGAGGAAGAAGGGGAAGAAGAGGCAGAAGACGUUGGUGCUCCCAGUGAUAACCAACAGGAGGGAAAAGAACUCCCCGAGGAGCAGCCUGCCAGCAAUCAGGAGGGAAGCAGAGACCGGUCUGAUGACACCUUAGAAGAGUCCAGUCAGCCAACUCAGAUAAGCAAGACACAGAAGAAUCAGCUUGAGCAAGGAAUCCAGGGGCAGGAGGGUGACUCUAAUGCGGAAGGCGAGGACAAGGCAGCAGGCAGCAGGGAACACAUUCCACACACAGAGUGGCAAGGCCAAGAGGGGAAAGCCGGCCUUGAAGCUACUGACAGCCAGAAGGACACAGACGGAAAGGCCGUUUCCACAGAACCUACCGAUGCUGCCAUGGUGCCUAGGAAUCACGGAGCCGGCGAUGACAGGGACGGUGAAGGCUCUAAGCAUGCUGCGAGCGAUGACUAUUUCAUCCCCAGCCAGGAAUCCCUAGAGGCCGAAAGAAUGCAUUCCCUCUCCUAUUACCUCAAGUACGGUGAGGAGGCAACGAUGGGCGAGAGUGAGAACCGAAGUGAGGCUGGAGACAACCACGGGGCCAAGGAAGCAGAGAGCUCACCAAAGGUUGAACCUUCAGAUGAGGGCGACGCGAGAGGGCACAGUUCUGAUUCUUGCACAAACUUCCAAUGCAAACGAGGACACACUUGCAAAACAGAUCCACAAGGGAAACCUCACUGUAUUUGCCAAGAUCCAGAGACUUGUCCCCCUGCAAAACUCCUUGACCAAGCUUGUGGCACUGACAACCAGACCUACGCCAGCUCCUGUCACCUGUUCGCUACCAAGUGCAGGCUGGAAGGGACCAAAAAGGGACACCAACUGCAGCUGGAUUAUUUUGGAGCUUGCAAAUCUAUUCCCGCCUGUACGGACUUCGAAGUGACUCAGUUUCCCCUGCGAAUGAGAGACUGGCUCAAAAAUAUCCUCAUGCAGCUCUACGAGCCGAAUCCCAAGCACAGCAGCUAUCUCAACGAGAAGCAAAGAAGUAAGGUCAAGAAAAUUUACCUGGAUGAGAAGAGACUCUUGGCUGGAGACCAUCCCAUCGAACUUCUCUUGAGGGACUUUAAGAAGAACUACCACAUGUAUGUGUACCCUGUGCACUGGCAGUUUAACGAACUGGAUCAGCAUCCUGCAGACAGGAUCUUGACACACUCUGAACUUGCUCCUCUGCGAGCUUCCCUGGUGCCCAUGGAACACUGCAUAACGCGCUUCUUUGAGGAGUGUGACCCCAACAAGGAUAAGCACAUCACCUUGAAGGAAUGGGGCCACUGCUUCGGAAUUAAAGAGGAGGACAUAGAUGAAAACCUCCUCUUUUGAAUUAAGAUCUGAGAGAAUCGGAACUUUCCAUCCGCCUCGCCUGCUUCAAUUGUUGCAGAUGUGAGCAGCCGUGACGCUACGCAUCCAUAUGGAGCAAAACAUCUGUCUGCAUGUGAGAGAAGACAGUGGUAGUAAUUCCUUCUUGGUGAUAUAUAUAUAUAUAUAUAUAUAUAUAUAUAUAUAUAUAUAUAUAUGCCAGGCACUUAACAUUAACCUAGGAAAUAAAACUUUAAAAUUAAGUAGAGUCGAUGUCUGUAAAAGAUUACCCUGUCUGGGGACAGUUAGCCAUGGUAAUGUCACCCUGUGCAUCCACAUUUAUAAUUGAUAAUUAUAAACUACUUAAAAAAUAAUGUUUGUAUUGUCCAUACCAUCUUAAGCAUGCUAAGGAAGUGGAAUACUGCUCUUUUGAGAUUAACAUGCCUCCUUUUCAGUGUCUUGAUGCCCUAAUAAAAAGUCUAUAAAAUCUCAAAUGUCUGCUCAAGAU